AUGGCUGCUCGAAGAGCCAGCGUCAAAAUCAUCAACUUCCUGGAACGUCAGAUUGGAGUGGACCUUGACGGAGAUGGCGAUGUCGGCAUUGAGAAUCGUCCUGACGAAAACACGUUCCACUAUGAGGUGGAAGAGGAAGAAGAAGAGGAGGUACUGGAAUCAGAGAAAGAAGCCGCACAAAGAGCAUUUGAUCUCAUGAUGGCACGAAACGGUGGAGUUCUGGAGUCGUCGUCGGAAUCAUCGGAGGAGGAAGAGGCCUUAGGGGCUCCUGUCGAAAGGGACACUGCCGAGGGCAUCCUUCGCAUUCAAUUUCCCAAAACGAUCAGAGACCACUACACAAUGCUCGAACUACUACAUGAAGGUAAUGGUAGGCGAGUGUAUUUCUGUGAAGAUUUCGAGCACCGCCGACCGUGUAUCGUGAAGCUUUGGUACAAAGCUGGCUUUGGCAAGGGCGAACUGCAGGCGAUCAUGGAGAACCAAGAGAAACUGAUGCACAUGCCUCACCACCCCAAUGUUAUACAGCCAGAACGCUUGCUCGAAGAUGACACGUGCCACUAUGCUGAGUUUGACGUUGUCUUUGCUGGCAGCUCCCUUUUUCAAGCCAUUGUGUCCGACGCCUCGACAACGGAGCAGUGGAUCAAGCGGGUGUUUCGGAGCCUUUUCCGAGGGCUGGCUCAUUUGCAUUCGAACGGGUUUGUUCAUGGAGACAUCAAGCCUGAAAACAUCCUUCUGCAGUGGCAAGACUACCAGGAGCUUCUGUCGAAGCACGCGAAACAUCCACAGGCUUGGCUUUCAGUGAAGAGGUCAGUGCUGAGGUGGAGAUGCCCGACCCAGUUCAAGACGGCGUGGACAAGACACCAACUGGUGGCACAUGCUCGCAUCAUUGAUUUAGACACUGCGUCAGAGGCACCUGAAGAAACGAAGAUCUGCGGUACUCCCGGAUACAUGGCUCCAGAAGAGUAUGUCGGCCCGUCAACCCAAGCAGGCGAUCUGUUCGCAGUUGGAGUCAUGCUGUACCAGAUGAUCGGCUGUGGAUGCCCUUUCCACGAAGCCGUCUUCCAGGUGCUCCGUGGACGAGCACUCGACGAAGUGGAUGCUGGCACACGGCAAGAGAUUGCAAAGUCUGUGGCCCAUGUGGUGGAAGGGAUUGACUGGACGGAGAGCCCUUGGCGGGCCCUGCCGAAAGCAAGAAAUCUUUGCCAGCAGCUGCUCAGCUCGGACCCUGACGAGCGAGGAGGAGAUGCUGGGCAAGUAAUGAUGGCAUCUCCUUGGCUGAAUCCUCGUGUGCGCAAGCGUCUCAGGCAGCUCGCCGAGACGACGCCACCUGAAAUCAUCAGGCGGCAUUAUCGCCGAUUGGCUAGGGAUUGCCAUCCCGACAAGCACCCGGAGAACGUGGAGGAGGCCACCCGGAGGUUCCAGCAAAUCACGGAGGCCUACGAAGCCAUCGCCAACAGACUGAAGUUGUGA